CACGGCCGACAGUGCGCCUCGCGUGCUCUCGACAUGGUUGUGCCGUGGACCUCCGCUGUGGUGGCGGUGAUUCUCCUGGCCGGCCCGGCACGCGCUGCCACCGACGGCGAUGGUGCCGCCCGAGAGCUGUUCGACAGAUACUUCGACUGGCGGAUGCAGGACAACCCGGAGUUCGCCACCGUGGUUGGCAACCACAGCUACGACGACCGGCUGACUUCCGCGUCGAUGUCGGCGCACCGUUCCAGGCUGACGCAGAUGCAGUCGUAUCUGACUGAGGUGUCGAAGCUGUUGAAGGACGACCUCAGCUACCACACCAGGGUCAGCGCCACCGUACUGAGGGACAACUUAGUCGCCUUCGUAGACGGAGAAACGUACAAAGGAUACCUCUUCCCAUCAACAUAUCUAUACAGCGUCGGAAAAGCUCUGAGCAAAGUGAUAAAACACAUGCCUUUUAAAAACGAGCAAGACUAUCGCAACCUUCUAAAAAGGUAUGGCGCGUUUCCGAGAAAAGUGGAGGAAGUCAUCAUGCUGCUCAGAAUGGGCAUUGAGGAAGGAAUGGUGCUGCACAACGUUUCAAUGGAGACACUGCCAGCACAACUGCGGCACAGAACGUCUCCCUUGACGACUCCAGCUACUUCGCGCCGUUCCUGAAGAUGCCUGAAGAAAUUCGGGAUCCGGUCCGUUCUGAGCUGCAGAUGAAAGGGCGGCAGGCUGUCCAAAUUGAAGUUAUCGGUCAUCUGCUGAAGCUAGCGGACUUUGUUGAGUCGGAAUACCUGCCGAACACCAGGGAGGAGGUAGCUGUGACGUCACUGCCCAACGGGCCGGCGUUCUACGAGGCGUGUCUCCGGUAUCACACCUCGACAAAACUCACGGCGGAGGAGAUCCAUCAGAUGGGCUUGGAUGAAGUGGAAAGGAUUGAGGGCGAAAUGAAAAAGAUAGCCACCAGUCAGGGAUUCCGUGGUGCCAACACUAGUUCGUUUUCGGAGCAGCUGCGAAGCGACCCAUCCAACUACCACAGCAGUCCCGAGGCACUAAUGGCAGGCUUCACGGACAUGAUUCAGAACCGCAUACAACAACACCUGCCUGCUGUCGUCUGGGAACUGCCAGUCGAUGACGUCAUGUAAGCGAAAUGACUGGCCUGGUAUGAAUCGGUGAGGCCUGAUUGCCAACCGAGCCGUAUAGCAAGGCUUAACUCGAUAUCACAUUGCCAUGAUUUCCAGCGGUGACACAGAACGAGCAAGUCUUAAGGUCGUGUCUAAACGAAGAUCUUGUGGCUGUAGUGACCCGCCCAGACAAGCUGGUGCUGGCUUAUAUCGUCGUAGCUUCUGA